CGUCACCGCAUCCGAACCUAGACCAGUCGCAGCCAUUUUACUCCGCGAAAUAAACUUCAAUCUCAUCGCUGGGGGAAAAAGGAAAAAUACAGUAGAUAGUUCCGCUGACGUUAAUGGACAUCUCGUUGUUAACCAGACCUCGGACGGACUCGGGUUUCAAGUCUUCGCAAUUCGGUAACAGCGAGACAUAACAUAAAGGGACGGUGACCCAAACAGCUGUUGGGCUUACCUGGGAACCCUCCCCCACCCCCAACCCCCCACCCACCCCCUUUCCUGAGGCAUAAUGGAUCCCCAGGUUUCGCAGUGGCAACUCGGAGCAGAGGGGGAAUGUGGGAUGUCAAGUCUGCUAGUGCCGAGUCCCCAGAGCGAGGCGGUGACCCAUGAGAUGGAGGAGCUGUCGCUGCAGCCCACACAGAGCCUGCCUCCGCUCAGUGAACGCAAAAAUGUCCUGCAGUUGAGGCUUCAGCAAAGGCGAACCCGGGAGCAGCUGGUGGACCAAGGCAUCAUGCCACCUCUCAAGAGCCCAGCGGCGUUCCACGGGCAGAUUCGCAGCUUGGAGAGAGCGAGGACUGAGAAUUUCCUGAAGCACAAGAUCCGCAGUCGUCCAGAGAGAGCAGAGCUGGUCAGGAUGCACAUCCUGCAAGAGACCGGAGCAGAGCCCUCACUACAGGCCACCCAGAUGAAGCUGAAGAGGGCGCGGCUGGCCGACAACCUGAAUGAGAAGAUCGCCCAGCGACCUGGCCCGAUGGAGCUGGUGGAGAAGAACAUCCUGCCGGUCGAUUCCAGCCUUAAACAGGCCAUCAUCGGUGAGACGCAUGGCAGCAGAGAUAUUAUGGGCCAGGUGAAUUAUCCCAAGGUGCUGGACGAAGACAGCUGUGAUGCCCUGUCCCCGGAGCAGCCGGCCAGCCAGGAGUCUCAGAGCUCUGUCCCCUCACCAGGCGAGAGCAAAGCACCGGAGACGCCCUCUCCGGUUCCAGUUCCAGCUCCAGCUCCACUAUCGAGCCCCAUGCUGCAGGCGUUCCCUGUUGCUACACAAGCAGGACAGGACUUUGUGAAAGUGAUCUCUACCAAUGAGCUUCCCGCCUGCCGCCCGGCUGUCAUUCCUGCUCCCUCCAAACCCGGCCCAACACUGGUGAAACAAAGCCAGCAGAAGACGCCCUCGGAGAAGAGUCGCAGUAAGAAGGGCAAAGAACCGAAGCCCAGGGUGAAAAAGCUCAAAUACCACCAGUAUGUUCCUCCAGACCAGAAACAGGAGGCCAGUGAAGCACCCAUGGACUCCUCUUAUGCCCGACUAUUGCAGCAGCAGCAGCUGUUCCUCCAGCUGCAGAUCCUCAGCCAGCAACAGCAGCACUACAACUACCAGACCAUAUUACCAGCUCCACUCAAAUCUGUGGCAGAGGGUCAGGGCAGCACCGCCAGCAGCCUGCCAACCUCCAUCGUGGUGUCUCUGCCCACCGCCCCUCCACCUCCUCCUCUGCCUCCAGCUCCGGCUCGGCUGAACAACUCGCUGUCUAACCGCAAGCCAGGAGUCUUGCCUGCCAACCUGGAGGAGAUGAAGGUGGCGGAGCUGAAACUGGAGCUAAAGCUGCGCAGCCUCCCUGUGUCAGGAACCAAGACUGAUCUGAUAGAGAGGCUGAAGCCUUUCCAGGACAAUCCCACCACCUCUGCUCCUGUCACCAUUCCUCUUGCCACUACCACCUCCAUCCCCAUGGAGGUCACCACCACCACUACCACCACCCCCGCUGCCCUAGUCCUCCCAGUCCAGCAGGUGACUCCAGAGAGCAUGAGCUCCACGCCACCGGUCUCGCCCAUCCCCAAUGAUCCCUGCACCCUUCAGCAGGAUGGAGGCAUGUCUGAGGCUCCUGAAGUACAAAUGGUGAGCUCCGGCUCGGCAGGUCCGCGGUCCUCCCCUCUCUCGCCUUUUCAAGUCCCAGAGGAAAAGGACAGGAGGCUCCACGAGAAGGAGCGGCAGAUAGAGGAGCUGAUGAGGAAGCUGGAGCACGAGCAGAGGCUGGUGGAGGAGCUGAAGAUGCAGCUGGAGGUGGAGAAGAGAGGCCAGGGCUGCACUGCCGACUCUCUCUCUGUAUCUCCCAAACUCACCUCUAUACCUGCCAUGAAUCCCGUUCCUACUGUUCUGAAUUCAAAUGUAGUAAAAAUGGAGGGUGCAGUCCUGUCAAACUGUUCAUCCACCGCUGCUACCAUCCCAAACUCUGUCCUGGGCUCCCGGGCUCUCACCAGCCCCCUACCAACCGUGGUGAAGUUGGAGGACGUGACUGUUUCUGCUGGCAAGCCGAUCCAGCUCCAGACCCAAACCCAGCUCCUCACCCAGAUCCAGCCCCAAGCCCAGCCCCAAGUCACCACCAGCCCGCAGCUUCUCCCCCAGUCACAGAGAAGUCCCAAACUUCAGACCCAGGCCCAGUCCCAACCUGCAGCCCCCAGCCUGCAGCAGUUCUUUAUCAGCCACUCAGGUGGAGUCUCCCAAGUUCUGGGUCAGCCUCAGACUCUGCUGACCACGACUGGCCAGGCUGGGACUCAGAUCCUCCUCCCAGUCUCGCUGCCCAACAGCGCUACUGCAAUCCAGCUGCCAAGCACCGCUGUCAGCCUGCAGCCUGUUCUCCAGGCCACAGUCUCAAAUCCAGGCCUGUCAGUUCCUCAGCUGCAGAGCACUAAGAUGGAGACGGCACCCAGUCAGCAGUUAGCCAACCACAACCCAUUGCUACAGACUCUGACAUUGUGCAAUAAUACCACUGGUCUGGAAAACCACACUAGACCUGAGAUGAAUCGCCAGUGUUUCCUCAGAAGCUCCCCAGAGACCAGGGUCUCUCCACAGGCUUCACCCAACCACCACAUGUCCAACGGACCCCUUAAUAAGUCCCCUUCUCCCCAGCCCACCUUCAUCCUGCAGCCCACCUCUCUUAUUACGCAGCCUCCCAAAACAAGAGAGCCUCCCCGCUAUGAGGACGCCGUCAAACAGAGCCGCAACAUGCACAUCAACAAUGUUUCACAGGUUCCCACGGCAACCAGCCAGCAAAUGGAUGACUUGUUCGACAUCCUCAUAGAGAGUGGAGAAAUCACACCAUUUAUCCAGCAGGACCCCCCCGUGUCUCUCAAUAAGACCCACCCGGUCACAGCCAAUAUCACCACCCUGCCCGUCAACACUGCCCUCUGCAGACCGCCUCCACAGAUCCAUUUGGCCCCCCCGCCCACCCUGAGCCCGGUCAUCGACCCCAGCCUGUCCAGCCUCUCCUCUCUGGCCACAGACAAUCAGCUGGAGGCUUUUUUGGAGGGGACACUGGCUGGGACAUCACCAGUCUCAGACCCGCGCACACAGGGCCUGAUGGAGGAGCUGCAGGCCCAGCUGAUGGACCAGCAGCCCUACUCACCCAUGGACACAUCAGACCUGUCCUUCUGCGACUCCUCCUCACCUCCCUCCUCACUGAACAUGGGUCUGUCUGACCCGGCACUGGACAAUAUGGAGUGGCUGGACCUCACCAUGCCCCCGGGGCCCGCUGGGGCGCUCACACCACUGGGGAUCCCCACAGAUUUCCUGGAUACACACGACCUGCAGCUGCACUGGGACUGACGGCGCUUUCGGGUGAGGAAGCUGGAGGAGAGUCGGCUGAGCAGCUGAGCCGGGAGUGAGAGAUGGAUGGAUGAAGAGAAGAAGAAAGGGAUCGGCGGCGGCAAAGAGGUUGAGAGUUUAAACAUUUUUUUAAAAAAGGAAACAAAAAGAGGAGAAAACGUGGCACUCCUGUGCUAUUAUCACUCUUUUACAGUACAUCCAUACCAUCUGUAAUAUUCCCACUAUACUACAGUAAGAGACACUGUACAGGCAGUGCGCUGAUCAAGCUGAACUACAAGCAGGAGUUUGCACAGCUUUAAAAGAGGACCUGUCAUCACUAAGGCGAUUGUGAUAAAGGGAUUUUAAACACAGUAGACUUUCUCAUUGACUGACAUCAUGAUUUUAAUGAUGAUUUACAGAAAGGAGGAGACAAAGCCAAACUAAGACUGGUAGCAUGGACUGUUUGUAAAUACUGUUCAAACCACACUAAUACAACUUGACAUUUGUCUCGGUCAGAGAGCCAGAGCUGACGCCUGAGAUCGUCCACUUAUUCCCACUGGAGGUUCGGCCUGUGACGACUUUACUGUGUAAGUACAGUAACUAAAUGUGCGAAAGGCUUCCUAGAUUGUUCUGUAGGUGUGUCUGAUGUGAAGGCCUUUGAACCACUGAGGCGUACUGUGCCAUAAGAUCUUAUAUAAAAGCUGGUAGUUACAGCACAGACCACAGACUACAGAUUAAAUCCAGUCGUUGAAGAAAAAAAAAGGGAGAUUAGAUUCUAAAGAAGGAUGCGUUUGAGUCUUGCCUUGGACGUAGGUUGUUUGGGAUGAUGUCAGUGCAGCAUCAGUUACUGACCGAUUCGCCCAGGAAUGUCUAAGUGCUUUGAGAAGUUGCUUCAGCCUGUCUGAGGUGCUGGACAGUCAAACCCUUCUCUUCCCUUUACAAUUCGAGGCCAGACGUGCUCAGUCAGUCACCGAGCCAGGUUUCAAAAAUUCCCCCAGCUGAGAAAGAGGUGGAGCCUCUGUUCACACUGGUCCACUCUACAACAUACUGUAGAUUAUUGUGUUUGCUGACUAAUCUGAUAUGUCCUAUCAGAUGUGACUGUUUUUCCUCUGACCUAUCGUGACCCCUCCGGUCAAGCUGAUGAAUGACUGUAAAGAACAAAGACUCGACUCCAGUCGGAUGACGAGAGGAGGAAGCUCCUCCGUCAAUGUGAGAGCUAUGCACUAAAGAGGCGGAGAGAUCUAGUGAUGCGCCUCAUUCACCUCAGAACAAAGAAAUGUGAACUUCGCAUACCCAAGGUGAUCGUUAAUAUGAAGUGAUCGAUAUGAUUGAGAUCAGCGUAAUGAUCAUGUGGCCAAUCAAUCCAGAGAUACAGCAGUUGUUGUCCAAGUCUCUAAUUUUGAAUGUACUUUUGAAAAGAUCAAAAAAAAAAAUAGGACUUUACUUACAUAGUCGGCAGCUUUUUUUUCCUCUGAAAUUAAACUGACAUAAAACAGUAAAAAGGGAACAAAUAUCAGUUUAUGAGACAUGCAGACACACAUCUGUAACAGGUGUGAACUGUGUGUACGCUGCAAGUUAUAUCAAGAAUUAAAGAUGUCUUUGGAGACGAUGAGCUUUAUAUCUAGCUGUCCUACAGUAUCCCUGCACUUUGUCUGUGCGUGUGUUUGUGUGUGUGUGUGUGUGCGCGUGCAUGUGUGUGUGUGCGUGUGUGUGUGUGUGUGUGUGCGUGGAAAUCACUGCAACGCUAGCCAACAAACGCGCCAGUCAAAAUGACCUGUAUCUGACCUGUAGAAGUUAUCAAGAGACCAACCAGCAACAUCUGGCUGAACGUGUGAUGCGUCAGCCGCUGAAAGUUUGUUUCCUGACCGUUUGUUUGUGUGAGAGACGCAUGUUGAUUUAGGUGUGCGUGCGUGUGUGUGUGUGUGUAUGGAUUUGUCUUCCUGUCUCUCUUGCAUGUACGUCUGUGCGUGUCUCUCUGUGUGCAUGAUUGUAUUGCGCGUUUAAUCUCGGGCUGUUUCCAGCUCUUUCUGCGGCCGUCGGCCUCCAGUCGUUUCAAGAAAGUUGCUAAUAUCUAUGAAAUCAAAUCAUUCGCUCUCCAGUCGCCAUAUUCCAAAAAUGUACUCUUCAAAAAGGCUUCUGAUGACUGUUGUACUGUUUUAUCAGUCGGUGUGAUACAUUCAAAAACGCACAGACACCUUUUGAGGUGUGACACGCGGCGGGGGCGUCAGUGAAGAGGGCUCAGCUCCUUUUUAAAGCCGUGAUAAAAUAUUAAUGUUUAUUUUCAAUGGAUUGCAUCAUAUCCCGCUCAAUCUUUUUUUUUUUUUUUCAAACCUGAAUAUUGAUUUAGGAUAAAUAUUCUUUUGGGAUUGAUACAGUCUUACUGUAUGGCACUUUGAAAUAAGAUUGCUUUUUUUUUUUUUUUUUUAAUUCUCUUUUAAAUCGAUUCUAUUCAUUGAAAUUACAUUUUGCAUUGAACCACUUUAUUGUGUUAUUACAUCCAUGGGCACUAGAGGGCGCUCGCUCUCCAGUUGUGGCAUGACGGCACAUUUUCAGUGGCAACUGUUACUUCAGGGUCAUUUUCUAGCAGGAGAAAAAGUAAAAGGGGCUUUUAUUUUGUUUUGUUUUCGUGUUUUUUUAUUUUUUUGCAUUUUACAGAGAUGCAUUCUCUGCCUGUAUAAUGCUGAUUUACUGUUCACAUCAGCAAUAAUGUGGAGACCUGAGCAAAAUGACUGAGAGCCCUCCAUGUCAACACUGUCUCGUCAUCGUAUAAGUAUAACACUCUUACUGCUGCAGAUGCACAUUUAUCAUCAGAUCAGGUCGAGACACUUGGAUGUUCCCAAAUCCUGGUUACGUUUGACCCCCUGAAAGAGUCGGCUGAAUACUGUACAGACCUGCUUCUAGGCUUUGUCGCAUGUUCUCGCUGUACCUGUACGAGCAGGUGUAGUCGUAAUUCUUUUCUUUUUUCCCACGUUGCUGCGAGUGUUAAAUCCUUCGUAGGAUGAACAGUAAGAGUCACUAGUUGGUUUAUGCGUAUCCUAAAAGCGAUGAUGAGUUAAUUGUGUAUUUUGUUUUUCUCUGUCAUAUUUUGGUAUUUUGUUGUCUAAACGGCAGUGGAACAUAUUAUCAUGUUUUGUUAUAUAUGUUUUUUUUAUUUUAGGGUGAAACGUAAAAGGAAAAAAAAAAAACAUUUAAUCUUGUUUUCAUGUUGGUGUAAAAUCUGUAAGCGGAGAUUUCAUGUGUAUAUUUUUGGUUUGCAGAGUUUUCUUUAAUUUUCAUUUUUAUUUUGCAUAUCAGACAUACACAAACCUCUUGGCUGCAGUAAAUCUACACAUGACUUCCACUAUGAUGUGACACCACUUUACCAUUGGCCACUGUGGUUGCUGACUGGCCAGACAGGGACAGCUGAAAGCAAUAAUGGCUGCUCUCCCUUGAUAUACUGUACUGUAUGUCAAAUCCUGCCUUGAUUUUAUUCAUGUACGAGCCUUUACUGCAUAAACAGUAGUACAUUAGUUUUUAAGCUGACAAGCACUUCAUAUCUGAGUAGAUAAGUGAGGGCUUGUUUGAAUAACCCUCUUAUAUUAGAGGGUCGUGGAAGCGCCGUCAAUCAGGCUUCCACAUGUUGACCUCAGCUCUCCGGCUCGUCCUCACCCACCUUGCGCCGCUUAUCAUCGUCGUGAACAUUAUACAUUUUUCGGGGUGGAGGAGCUGAACUUAAGAACAGAGCUCUGUACAAGACGUCUCAUUGCAUUACAUGUAUUUUGGGCACAUUAGUGGAAGCACAGGCGAGAGGCACCGAGGUUCUCCACCCUCAUCAUUUGAUUUAUGAUCUUCAUUGUAGCCGAGUCUCCUCUCUUAUCUCCACCACCCAUGCCAUGCCUCUUGUUGUUUGUAAUGCCAUAUGUUUUGCACAUUGUGUAUAUAUUUAUAUAGAUGUAAUGCAUAUUUUUAUACAUGUGUAACAUCCAUGGGCUCUCUAUUUUGUAAAUACUCAAAAAGAUGUAUAUAAGUACUGUAUGCCUUUAUGUGUCAAUAAAAUUUGGUGUACUGUGA